CCAGAUUCAUUGCCUACCCAGACCUUUUCCAAGGACUCUCAGUCCAAGACAUCAGGCAUCUGCUAGAUUCUUUGCACGAAGAUGAAUACCAUCUACAUUUGGGCGUUCCUGGUUAUAUUUGGUGUAGUGGCAGGCACUGUUAUUGAUAAUACCGAUGUGGUCACGAACACUACCCAGGUGGUGAACGGCGAAGAUGGAACGGUUUAUCAUCUGAAGGUCACCCCGACUGGUAACAAGGAGGAGGUUCGGAUUGAGGACAGUGAGGGAAACAUUCUUACUUCCGUCCAUAACUACAAGCUUGAGGGUUAUUUAGUUUUUAAACCGGAAAACCAGAACGUGUGCUUGAUCGAAGAGUCCUCUGAUGAUGACAGCACGUGCUAUCUGCAAACCCCCGUGACUGACAAUCUUCCCGAAGCCAUGGCUGAGGUUUGUCGCGGACGUGAGCGUUACAUCCUCAAGCCUUCAGCCUGCCCAACUAAAACUGGAGAUUCAGGACCUGCUGUCAAGAACAGAGGUGGCAUCCUAGAAGUCUGUCUCGACCAUCCAGUCAUUCAAACUGGCUGCUUCGGCGAAUACUGUUGUAGUCACGUGCUGUUUUGGUGUACCAAUCAUUGCUGCCAAUACAACGUCAGAGUCGUCACUGUGGAGCAAUGUAUCGCUGGUCUUGUCUAGAUUUCCUACACGCAAACGUUUAAUAAUUUAUGCUAGCGUCCGUAUCAUUUAAACGUCAGUUUUUUUAUGGCCAAUUUCCAGCGUUAACUGUGGCACUCUUCAAAGAAACAAUUUUGGAAUCUUAAUUCAGUAAAAGUACUAUUUUUAAAAGCAAUGUUCCGUUCAAAUGUACUUUCAUAUUUGUUUUUCUUAUUAAAAGCGCUUGCUAUGUUUAGAUUUAACUUCUUUAGAUGUGUAUUUCGGUGUGACGAAUAUCGUAAUUACUUUAUAAUAUUGAGGCAGUGAGAGGUUUUGACAAUUGACACAUUAAAUUAAUAAAAAAAUAUAAAUAUUUUCAAACAAAUUAAUAUUCGGGUGUUUAAAAAGUAGCUUUUAUAAGAACAGAAUAAGCGGUUUUGGUUUAUUCCUUCAUGUUGUUUAGAAUAGUUCAGGUUUUUGUGUUUGUAUUCAAAACGUUAUUUUGUCAUAUGUCAGUUGCUUCUAUGAUUUUGUUUGAAACCCUAUGAUUUCUUUAAAAUAAAGUUUUAGAUAGGCUU